UUUGGUUAAAAGGAAAAUUGAAAGUAAAAACUAAAAUCUACCAACCCUCUUUAAACAGUAAUAUCACUACAUCUGUCCUUUCCAAAACACCAUCAACCUCAUCCCAAGUCUCGACUUAGUCAGUUAUCAACAACAUCAACCUAACAAACCGUACUAAGGUUCUAACUUCACACUUCAUAGUUAAUCAUCUUCAUCUCCUUUAACUCGGAAACUCACUCACUCAACCUAUAAAUCAACCAAUCCUGUUUAAUCAACUCACAUUUACUUCCCUCCCUCCUGUGCAUAUUUAUUCAUCUUCAGUUCACUUCAGUUCACUUCAUCCCUUCUAUUUACUUUCCCCUAUCUAGACAUUUUCUUUAAUCCUUAAAUCAUUCAUAAUCCAGAUCGAUCCAAUUUCCACGUUUUAUAUCACUCAAAAUACCCCUCCUCUGUCCGCCUUCCCUUUCAUUUCAUCAUUAACAUAGCAUAUAUCAAUACAUACUCAAAAUGUGGCAAAUACUAGAAGGUCUACUAUACGAUAACACCAUAGAAGAAGAACAUUAUAGGAAAAUCCGACAGAAAUCAUCCUCGAAAUCAGCUGUAAUCGUUGGUUUAGUAGCAGCUGUUGGUGGGUUCCUUUACGGAUAUGAUACAGGUUUAAUUAAUGAUUUAUUAGAAAUGCAAUAUGUCUAUGAAAACUUCCCCUCCAAUCAUCAAUCAUUCUCAUCUCAUGAAAGAGCAUUAAUAACUGCCAUUUUAUCAUUAGGUACUUUUGUAGGUGCUUUAAUCGCCCCUUUAAUUUCAGAUAAUUAUGGUAGAAAAUUCUCCAUUAUUAUAAGUUCAGGUAUCAUAUUUAAUGUAGGGAAUAUCUUACAAAUUGCUUCAAGUCAUGUAUUAUUAUUAUGUAUCGGUAGAGGUGUAUCAGGUAUAGCCGUCGGCAUAUUAUCUGCUAUUGUACCAUUAUAUCAAGCUGAAGCAUCACCCAAAUGGGUUAGAGGUUCCGUUGUGUUCACUUAUCAAUGGGCUAUCACUUGGGGUUUAUUAAUCGCAAGUGCUGUAUGUCAAGGAACAAGAAAAAUGUUAAAUUCAGGUUCUUAUCGUAUCCCAAUAGGAUUACAAUUCUUAUGGGCAUUAAUUUUAUAUUGUGGUAUGUUAUUCUUACCUGAAUCACCUCGUUAUUACGUCCAAAAGAAUGAUAUUCAAAAGGCGCUAGAUAGUCUAUCAAAAUUAAGAAGAUUACCUCCCGAUGAUGCCGAUUUAAUUGAAGAAUUGGUUGAAAUUAAAGCUAAUUAUGAUUAUGAAUUAUCUUAUGGAAAAACAACCCUUUUGGAUUGUUUUAGAAAUGGUGGUGGUAGACAUAAACAAAUCUUAAGAAUGUUUACCGGUAUUGGGGUUCAAGUAUUUCAACAAUGUUCAGGUAUAAAUUUUAUUUUCUAUUAUGGUGUAAAUUUCUUUUCAAGUACUGGUAUAAAAAAUUCUUAUAUCAUGUCAUUCAUAACAUAUCUUGUCAAUACCAUAUUUACAAUUCCAGGGAUUAUAUUAGUCGAUACCAUUGGUAGGCGGCAGUUAUUAUUCUGGGGUGGAUUAGGAAUGACAGCAUCAAACUUCAUCAUUGCCAUAACUGGUGUAACUAUAUCAUCAAGAGAAACAGCAUCCAUAUUAAGUAUAUCGUUCUCAUGUGUAUUCAUUGCAUUCUUUGCUAGUUCAUGGGGUGGUUGUACUUGGGCUCUUUGUUCUGAUAUUUAUGGUAUAAGUAUUAGACAAAAGGCUAUUUCCAUCACUACUGCCACUAAUUGGAUUGUUAAUUUCGUGUUUGCUUAUAUCACUCCAUAUUUGAUUGAUACUGGUAAACACACUGCCGCUAUUGGGAAUAAGAUUUUCUUUAUUUGGGGUGGAUGUAAUUUUCUCGGUACAAUGUUUGUUUAUUUCACCGUUUAUGAAACUAAAGGGUUAAAGUUAGAAGAAAUUGAUUUUAUGUAUGCUCAUUGUAGUAAUGCUCGUGAAUCAAUUGAAUUUAAAUCUACCAAGAUUGAUUAUGCCAAAUUAGAUGCUGAUUAUAAUUUAAUUCCAACAUCUCCAAAUAAUUCCACUAUUAAUUCCACUUCAAGUUCACCUCCUGAUGAAGAUUUAAGUAAUGAAAAAAGUAGUUAUAAUAACGUUCAUCAGCGUCAUCAUGGAAAUGGUAAUGAUGACGAAGAUCCACCCACUGGAACAGCCACGGGUAAUGCUAAUAAUUUGACUAUAAUUCCUUAUAAUAAUAUCAUUUCACCUUCAUUAUCAUCAGAUUCGGAAUUAUCAUCAUCCGAAUCAUUAUUAUCUCAAAAUCAUAAUCUUCAUGGUCGUCGUCGUAGAGAUAGUACUACUGCCAAUAGAAAUAAUAGUUCAUCUAAAAAAUCUUCAAUUUCGUCAUCGACUGGCACCAAUGAUUAUCAAACAUAUCUUGAAAGUCUUAAAAGUCAAUAUAAUUCAUAUACUCCUCCACCACCAUCAACUCAACCAGUUCAAGCUCAUUUAACUAAUCAAGCUUCUACAUCUGGCAUCAAACAUAAUUCAAUGUUAAGUCAUACUACCAAUACUAAUAAUUCCAUCUCCAAUAGUUCUAAAAUUUUCACUGAAAAAGAUUUAAGAAGUUUGAAUGAUGAAUAUAAUUUAAUUAUGAAACAUAAUUCGAAUCCAACCAGUAUUAGUAACAUUCCUACCAAUAUAACACAUAUAACAUCAGGGGCAAGUGGACCCACCGGUACCAGUUUGAAUAGAACUGGUAGUUUGGAUGGAUCAGGUACAGAAUCAACCACGAUUAUAGCGACGCCAUUUUUCAAUCAACCACCUGAUUCCGAUUCUGAUGAUGAUUCUGAAGGUAUUGUUGAAGAAGAUGAACUUGAAGAUGAUUGAGAUUAAGUUCAUCGUUUCUUCAUUGUCCCAAACAACUUCAUAUAAAACACUAAUUCAAUAUAUUUUUUUUUUCAAUUCUGCAAAUGUUUUUCAAAGUUUAAAAACCCUCAAAAUUAUUUUUCAAUUCACACUAUAACAAACAUAUUCUAAUAUAGAUAUGUAUGUUAUGUUUUAUUUAUUUUAACUUAUAAGGACAAUCAAAAAGACAUUAGAACGAGAGAAAAUGAAAUAACUCGUUGACCGUAUCAUCCAAAUCAGAAUCUCCAUCAAAUAAUAAUAAUAACAUUAAUAAUACUAUUACUGAUUCAUAAGAACAACAAAAGGAACAGGAGCAAGGAGUAGCUCUUGAUAAGAUGGUGUAGUAUAUAUUUCUAUUUAUAUUGUAUACAACUAUGUACGAAUUAAUACAAAAACCAAAAUAUAUAUUUCCUGGU